CGGUCGGUCAGAGCACUAUCUUCCGUAUUUUCCAAGAUACGUUUCUCGUCGUUCGAUCCGUCGGUUUUGUCGUCUCACAUCGCGUCCGACCAGCGAGUCGAGAUUAUUUUCAACCGACCUGUUCUACCAAAUCAUCAAGACGAAGCUCAAAAUGUCAUUGGGCAAUCAUGCUGCCCUUACACCCUUGGAGGACAUGUCGGCUGGUCGAGGGCAAGGAGGUGGGGGGCCUCCUCCAAAUUGUCAAAAAGUUUUUAUACAACGCGACUACAGCGAAGGCACCAUGGUUAAGUUUCAGACAGAGUUUCCCACGGAAUUGGAGAGUAGACUGGACAGACAGUCGUUCGAGUAUACGAUCACUCAGUUGAACAACUACUUUGCCGAAGCGGAACGGGCCAGUUGUUCCACGUACUGCGAAGGCUGCCUGGCUUGUCUCACCGGUUACCUAAUUUACAUAUGCACAGAGACUCAUUACGAGAAGUGUUUGCGAAAAGUGGCAAAGUUUGUUAGUGAACAAAAUGACAGAGUCUACAAGCCGCGCGGGCUGUUAUUGACAGACCCGACGAUUCGUGGACUUAGGUUAAUAGAAAUUUCAGUAUUGGACAGACCUGCAUCGUGA